AUGUGCGGACGGCGGCGCCCUGCCCUCUGCUGGCCGGCACGGGCACCGGGCAGCGUUCGGGUCCGAGCCGCUCCCCUUCUCCUCCCGCCGCCGCCGCUGCAGCAGCCGCCUCCGCCACCCCGGCACCCUCCGGAGCUCCUCGGCGGGGCUCCGGUGCCCGCGCCGCCGACGGCUCGGGGAUGCGGGCUCGGCGCCAAACGAGGAGGGGGGCUCAGUCCCAGGCGUUCCCCUGGGGCGGCCGCCGGGGGCGGGGACGGGAAGCGGAAGCGCCGGGCGGCACCCGGCCGCUCUAGGACCUUGGAGGAGCUGCACGCUUGUGGGGGCUGCCCGCGUCCUCCAGAGCUCGGUGGCCGGCGGGCAGCCGCGUGCCGCGGAGAGGGCUACUCUGAGCCGAGGACAGUUGCCCGAACUCGGUGCAUCUCAGCUUCCUACAUUGCCCGCCCCCUUGUUUGCCACCCUCAACUUCCUGCCCCACCAGAGGAAGUGGGGAGAGACAGCAGGUGCAGCGACAGCUAUCGGGGCCAUGGUGAGUCUUUAUGCCCAGGAAUCCAGGACAAGGAGUAUGUGGGUUUCGCCGCCCUCCCCAACCAGCUGCAUCGCAAGUCCGUCAAGAAGGGGUUUGACUUCACACUCAUGGUGGCAGGGGAGUCAGGCCUGGGAAAAUCUACCCUCAUCAACAGCCUAUUUCUCACCAACCUCUAUGAGGAUCGGCAAGUCCCAGAGGCCAGGGCUCGCUUGACACAAACACUGACCAUCGAGCGCCGGGGCGUGGAGAUCGAGGAGGGGGGUAUUAAGGUGAAGCUGACCCUGGUGGACACACCUGGCUUUGGGGACUCAGUGGACUGUUCAGACUGCUGGCUGCCCGUGGUGCGCUUCAUUGAGGAGCAAUUUGAGCAGUAUCUUCGGGAUGAGAGUGGCCUGAACAGGAAGAACAUCCAGGAUUCCCGUGUCCACUGCUGCCUCUACUUCAUCUCACCCUUUGGCCGGGGGCUCCGGCCCCUAGAUGUGGCCUUCCUCCGGGCGGUGCAUGAGAAGGUCAACAUUAUCCCAGUCAUUGGCAAAGCAGAUGCCCUGAUGCCUAAGGAAACACAGGCCCUCAAGCAGAAGAUCCGGGAACAGUUGCAGGAGGAGGAGAUCAAUAUCUACCAGUUCCCCGAUUGUGACUCUGAUGAGGAUGAAGACUUCAAGAGGCAGGAUGCGGAGAUGAAGGAAAGCAUCCCUUUCGCCGUCGUCGGUUCCUGCGAAGUAGUGAGGGACGGCGGGACCCGACCGGUGAGGGGACGCCGCUACUCCUGGGGCACCGUGGAGGUGGAGAACCCACAUCACUGCGAUUUCCUGAACCUGCGACGGAUGCUAGUGCAGACACACCUGCAGGACCUGAAGGAGGUGACACAUGAUCUGCUCUACGAGGGCUACCGGGCGCGCUGCCUACAGAGCCUGGCCCGGCCUGGGGCGCGUGAUCGAGCCAGCCGUAGUAAACUCUCCCGCCAGAGCGCCACAGAGAUCCCGCUGCCCAUGCUGCCUCUGGCCGACACGGAGAAGCUGAUCCGCGAGAAAGACGAAGAGCUGCGCCGCAUGCAAGAGAUGCUGGAGAAGAUGCAGGCCCAGAUGCAGCAGAGCCAGGCUCAGGGCGAGCAGUCGGACGCUCUCUGAGACCCCCGCCCGGACCCUACUUUACCACGUCUCCGCCUUCAGUUCGUAUCUUGUCCAAUCCUCGAGCCCCAGGUUGCCCGGCGCUUAAUCCCGGAGCCCAAACCUGUAAGGCCCGCCCUUGCAAGGGGUUAGCGGGCUAGCAGGUUCUCCCAAUCCUGGAGUGUGUAGCCCCGCCUUUGGCUCCGCCCCGACCCCGCAUUGGCUCCGCCCCAAUCCGCCUCGGCCCACAUAGCGAGGCAGAGCUUCCCUCCCAUCCCCUAACUCUCCCAGCCCCGCCCCACUUCACCCAAACU